AUGAUUCUGACUGAACGAAGAAAAACAUAAAAAACCCUUGCAAAUUAAUUAAGACCUUCUCGAUUUUUGAAUGAUUUAGAUUUAUAAACAAUUCUUCAUACAACUUCAGUGAAAACAGAAGGUAAUAUGAAUACUGCUUCAAAAAAUGAAAAUUAAAUAACCAAUAGAUAAUUAAGAGUGAUAUCUGAAAACCAUAUUGUAUAAUUGUUACCCUCGAUUGAAGAAAAAUUUGUGUUAAAAUCUAAGUUAAUUAAUCCUUCUAAGGAAAGAAGUGUGUCUUAUAUUUUAAAAAAUGUUGCUUAAGAAUCAUCGUUACAAUAAUAAAAGAUUGAAAAUAAACUGCCUGUUAUCUCAAAAAGUCCAGAAGUAAAGACACUACCAAAACAUUCUAGAUAUUUUAAGAAUGAAGAAUUAAAAAAAGUCGAAUUUAGACCCUCAAUAAUGGUGAUUGACUUUGUUAAUAACAUAAUGAAGAAAGGUUAAAUUGAUGGAAGUCCAAAGCCCUUGACAAAAAAAUUAUAGAGAAAACAAACCAGAUUUGUUAAAUAAUACUUUUGA